UAAAAUUAAAUUUUGUGUUGUAUGAGGUUUCUGCUAGCAUAGCUCGUAAAGUCUCUUUGUGGCCAUAUCAGAGUCAUGAGAUCGAAUACAGCUCCAUCCUUUUAUUAUUAUUAUUAUUAUUAUUAUUAUUAUUUUAUUUCUAUUCGAUCCUUGUUUAUGCAGUUGGGAGUUGUACAUUGAGAUAGACAAGGCUCUAGUUAUGAUUACAUGAAUGUUGUAAUUUCUGAUGCUUGUUUGUGGCAAAAAAGGAAGUACUUUUUCAUACUACUUAUGUUUAUGCUGUGCUUCCAGAUGUUUAUGUUCUGCACCUGAAGAUAUGAGUCCAAAGGAUCUGGAAAGCUUUUUCAGAGUUGGCAAGGAUUUUAAGAAACGAAGAACCAUAGAAAGCCGCAAGGUAGGCCAAGAACAUGAGCCCUCUGGAUUAGACACCUUGGCCACUGCUGCAGUCCUAGGAGACAAUGUGGGUGAGUUAGGUGAGCUGUCAGUUGGAGCCACUACAAAACAUCCUAGGCAUCGUCCUGGCUGCAGUUGCAUCGUCUGCAUUCAGCCCCCUAGUGGGACCGGCAAGCACAAGCCCAGUUGCAUAUGCGUUGUGUGCAUGACCGUGAAGCGCCGGUUUAGAACCCUCAUGUCGCGGAAGAAGAAACGCCAAUCAGAACAUGAAGCAGAAAUUGCCCAGAGGAAGGACCAGGUUCCUCCAAGGGAUGAAUCAGAGAUGGCUGGCACAUCUGAACAUCCAUUGCCGCAUAUAAACCAUUCAGAUAAUGAAAUAACCGGGGUUAGAACACAAAUGGAGGUGGCUGAGUCCAGCAAGGAACAGCUAGACUUGAAUUGCCAUCCCAACCGUGAAGACGACCUUCUAACAGAGACAACAGGAGCGAGCAUGACAAGACUUGUUCAUGCAGCAAGCCUUCCACUAGAGAUGUACAUGAGGCAGAAUGGGCUCUCAAACUUGCGCCCCUGUUUGCUCUCACCAGCCUCUUGUGAGAACGAGGGAAGCCCACCUGAUGAAGGGUGUUUUGCAUCUUUAGUACCAGAGUAUGAGAACAUGAGUGAUGAAGGAUAAUCUCAGCCCAAACGAGGCUGUUAUAAUUUUCCUUUUUUCAUUAUUUACAGGUUUAAAAUUAUAUAUGAUAUCUGUUUUCUUCCCCAACGGAUAAUGUUAU